GCACCUAACUCAUCUUCUUUUCUGUUCGCACAAUAUUUUAACGAUAGACUUCUAUUCUUCUCUUCUUCUCCUUCUAUAAAUUCCCUUUUCAUCUUUCCAAGCUUCUGUCUAUCUCUCUUAUAGAUGGCCGAAAUCUCAAGGCAUAGGACCUCCGGCGCCGACCCUCAGCCCAGCCGUCUACAACGGCGGAAACCGGCUCCCUUGCAGAUCAAUCCGCCGACGUCAUCUCGAUGGAACGCUGCAAUCCCUCUUCUAUCUCCGCUUCUCAGUUCACCUGCUGCAAUGGAUUUGAAAUCUCGCGAAGAGCCGCAAUCGCAGCCGCGGAAUCAAGGAACUGAGCCGGAGAAAGCGGCCACUGUAUUCAAGAAGUGGCAACAUCCGGCGGCUCCUUUCUGUUACGAGCCGGCUUCUUUUGCCCCGACGUUUUAUGUGCCUGUAUAGAUAUGGAAGAUUGGGGUAUACAAAAUAAUUAAUUUAGGGUUUUGUUUUUUAGAUCUUCUAACGAUGAAAUGUUAACAAAUUGUAUACAGAGCUGGGUUUUUAUUUUUAUGAUCAUAUACUCAAUUAAUUGCUGACAAUUUUUUGUUUGUCUAUACUUUU